GCAUUGUUAUAAUAAUAAUAUUAAUAAUAAUUCAUUUAAUUUGUAACAUACUCUUAAUUCUGAGGAAUCCCAGAAUCCCAGUUAUGGGUUUUAAGUGUAAAUAAAACUGUAGAUGCCCUUUCAAAAAGUGCUGACUUAUCUUGACAUUGCUCAUUGUGCCUAGUAUUUAGUUUUGAAUGAGAGAUCUUGUGUAAAGUAAGUCAUUUGGUUGCUGUGGUUUCCUCACAGAGGGUCACAUGAUGAGGGCAGCAGUCAGGCAAAUGAGCAGGUGAGAACACAAGGGAACAUAUUUUAGCUGUGAAGAGCAUUAUUGAUCAAUACAUUCAUUUAAUAGGAUUGUUAUUUCAGAGAGUGACAAGUUUUCAUGUCAUAUGUUACAGGAUAUUGAGCCCCAGGGAUUUGAUGUUUCAGACAUCCUCACCUGCACAAAGCCUGCACAACCUGACCCUAAGCUUAUAGUAGUGCAGAAGCGAGAUAACUGUGUGUUGUCUUUUCAAGAGAAAUGGUUCAAAACUUUUCCUUGGUUACAUUACAGUGCCACUUUACAAGGAGUCAUAUGUUUUCACUGUGCCAAGGUUUUUUUGAAUCAGCCAACAUAUGCAAGCAAGUGUAACCCUGCCUUUGUGAGUGUAGGCUUUAGAAAUUGGAAAAAAGCUAUCCAGAAGUUCUCACAACAUGCAAAAAGUCAGUUGCAUAUCCAUGCCGUGAACAUCUAUGCACAAAAAGGUAACACUAUAGCUUCACAGCUUUCUUCAGCUGUUGCCAGACAACAGGAGGAAGCAAGGUAUGGAUUGAUGAAGAUUGUAGGCUCAAUCAAAUACUUAGCUAGGCAAGGUUUACCGCUACGAGGUCAUGUGGAAGAGAAGGGUAAUCUAUCCCAACAUCUGAAAGAAAAGGCAGAGGAUGACCCUGCUUUUCAGAAUUGUUUAGAGACACGCAAGCAGGAUUACACAAGUCCUCUCAUUCAAAACGAGGUACUAGGCAUAAUGAGCAAAGACAUUAUAAGAGGAAUAGCUGACACUAUUAGAUGCCUCCCAGUCACACAGUUUGCCUUGAUUGUUGAUGGGACACAAGACAUAUCAGGUCAAGAACAAGAAUCUGUAUGUCUUUGUUAUGUGGAUCAUGACUUAAAUCCUCAUGAGGAAUUCAUUGGGAUGUAUUCAGUGCAUGAGACCACAGGAGAAUCUCUUGCAAAUGUAGUAUUAGAUGUUAUCUGCAGACUAAAUUUGCCAUUGUCAGCUCUGCGUGGGCAGACACAUGAUGGCGCAGCAAAUAUGUCUGGCAAAUAUUCUGGAACACAGGCUCACAUUAAGAAGAAACAACCACUUGCUUUUUAUGUGCACUGUGGAGCACACUGUGUUAAUUUGAUAGCACAGAAGGCAUGCACAGCUUCUAUAGUUGUGCGAGAUGUCCUUGACUGGGUUCAUCAAUUAGGAGUUUUGUGUGGACAGUCUGGCAAAUUCAAACAUAUGUUUCAUACGAUAGCGAUAUCUGACCACGGAACCUCAAGUGCCCUGAAACCACUUUGUGCAACUAGGUGGACCGUCAGACACGGUGCCAUCCAUUCUGUUUUAACACAGUAUGACUCAAUCCUCACUGCCUUAGAGGAAAUGGCAGGGACUAAUUCUCCCACUGCAACCACUGCAAAUGGUCUAUUUCAGCAGUUUAUGAGAGGCAGCACUGUAGUUGGUCUUGUGAUGGCACAAGCAGUUAUUGGAGAGCUAGAGUGUCUCAACAGGUCUCUUCAGAGAAGGACAGAGACUGUUUCUGGUAUUCGGGCUGCUGUUUGUAAGGUUCAGUCUACUCUCAAUGGCAAGAGGAGUGAUGAGGCCUUCCAACACCUUUUUGAGAGGGCAUCUACAGUUGUGAAUUCUGUAGACUUAGAACCCAUAACAAUGCCAAGAGUUCGACAACCACCCAAGUGCUAUGGAGAAUCAAGUGGAUUCAGUCCUAAAACUCCUAUAGAAUAUUACAGAGUUGAGUUUUAUAAGGUACUUGACACCAUUCACACACAGUUCACUGAACGUUUCCAGCAGGGUGGUCUUCUUACCCUCCAAAAGCUGGAGAACACCUUGCUUUCUGGAAAUAUUGAUCCGGUGGUUCAUGACUACCCAGAAAUUAAUGCCCAGCUGCUGGAAAUCCAGCUACCGAUGUUCAAACACAAUUACAUGCACCGUUCCUGUGGAGAGGCUACACACAUUAUCAGAGAGUUGCCAGCAGAGGUGCGAGGAUUAUUUACCGAAGUCGAAACUCUGAUGAGAUUACUCCUUGUGGUACCAGUCUCGUCCUCUGAGGCAGAGAGGAGCUUUAGUGCUCUUCGACGAUUAAAAACUUGGUUACGCACAAGUAUGUCACAGCAGAGGCUGAACCAUGUUGCAGUGUGCAACAUCCAUCAGGACAAAUUGGACCUCUUAACUAAGAAGUCAAUUUGUGCACAGUUCAUUUAUUUUACACCAAGAUGCAAACAGGUGUUUGGUGCUUUUAUGUGAAAUGCUUUUAUACUUCUUUUGUAUUUACCUGCUUUUGUUUAGAUGUUGAUAGUUUGAGCUGGUGAUGCCCGACAAUAUGUUUAUUGAAUUGUGCAUUUGUAUUGAAUUGUGUGAAUUUGCUGGAUGUAGGUGUCAAUAACACAGUGAUGCAAUUGAUUAAUCUUCAAGUUCUUGCGUGUUUUUUUCAUAAGAUAGACACACACAAAAUCAAUUAAUGGGAAGCUGCCACUGCUGACUAAUGCUUAAACACUGAAUUUUACUACUGUGUCAUUAUGGCAUAACUAGUCAAAAAGAAGCCAAAAUCAGUAGAGGUAUCGCAAUGUAUUUCUAAUACAGGAACGGCCAAUUGGCAUGUUACCUUUUACACAAGAAGAUGAUUGAUUAAAUAAAUAAAUAAAUAUGCCGCGAGUUUAACCCCCCCAAUGGUAGACCCAAAGUUACGCCCUUGCCAGUGAAAGACGCUCAGCGUUGCAAACUAUGGCUGCGGGCGAUAAACAACCCCAGAGUUGGAGAAGACACCGGGAAGGAAAUUAUAAAAGGAAAAACGAUAUGCAGUAUCCAUUUCAAACUGGAGGAAGCUAUCCAGAUGGAAGACUUUUCGGCAAGAUAAGGUCCGCACUCAAACCAACUGCUGUUCCGUGCGUCUUCGCUGUGGGCCCGUGCCCAGAUGACGAACAGGCCGGGGCUUCUAAUGCACCUCCCGCAGCGAAACGCAGUCGCCUACAGAACGCUGAUAGUGGUCAUGGCGCAUUGACUCUCUCUGCAUCCUCCAACCCGCUGAAGACCUUCCCUUUUGACAUCCACACCAGUGAAAACCUUUCCCUCGGACCAAGGACUAUCAGCCCGCUGGAGAUCUUUCACAGUGCAAUGCUCAAGUACCUCAGUACCAAAAAGGCAGGGAUUCUCUUUCCAGGGAAUGAGAGAAAGGGGUCAUCUUGCAUGUUUGGAGCACAAUGAAAACAUUGUCAAAAGAAAGCAGGCCACAACCAAGACAGGACAACCACGCUUCAACCAAGUGUUUUGCAGGAGAUCCAAGCAGUGGGUCGUGAAGCAGAUUUUUAUUCCACACACCACCCAGUUCAUUGACACACGUUCAUUGACACACAUAACCAGAAGACGAAACCCAACGAUUCUAUAUAAGGUUUCAACAUCCUCACUUGCCCUGCCCCAGCCUGCGCUGCCACCUAACAUUGCACCAGUGCCAAAACCACCAAAGGAGGCGGCAGUGGCUGAAUUAAAAAGGCGCUUCUGAGAGGGACAUCUGACCUAUUUUAUCUAUUUAAACGUAUCUUUUAUAAAACAUUUGUUUUCAAUCUUAUCUUUGUAAAUAUUGGAUCAUUUUCCUUUGUGAAUAAAAUCUUAUUGUUUUUACUACCUUA